AGAGAGCGUGAAUCACAAAAUAAAGCAAAAUGGCGACAUGUGUAACAGUUUGUAAAAUCUUUAGAUGUCCAAUGUUCUGCUCUGUCUUUUCAUCUCUUGCUUUGGAAUCAAAAACUUGUAGAACAUAACAUUGUGGAGUUGUCUGCAAUUAUGGCUAACUAGCGAGGCGUAGAGUGGAGUCGAACACUGGCACUCUAGGCCGUUUCGUUUACACGGUGUUUGGUAAAGUGCAAUUUUGAACCACCAACCACCAGCCCUCACCACCAGUGACAGUAGAACAACGACGUUGUUUCCAACAAGCUUGGACUUUGAUCCUGACCAGUUGGCGGACGAUUUUAGAAGUCUCAUAAAAAAGGGUUAUGUCGAAAGCUACAAAGAGAAAACAUGUGACCAGGGAAGUCCUUGAUGAUUACAAUCUGCCCGAAGGGCAACAGCAGAUCGUAAAGGUGACUGCUAGCAGAGGCAACAACCUUCAUGAGGUGCAGGCGGCAAAAGGGGACCUGUUCCUUGUCAGCAUGCCAACUAGGUUCCGCAAAAACGUCUGGAUUAAACGAGGUGAUUUUGUGAUAGUCGACCCCAUACAGGAAGGGGAUAAAGUGAAAGCAGAGAUAUCAAGCAUCCUCUAUCCAAAGCAGAUCAAAUACAUUCAGCAGGAGAGCUUGUGGCCAGACCAGUUCAAGAGCAAGACUUCCAGCAGUGACCUGGACACAGCUGGAAAACAAGGCGUCGACCUAAGUACAGACGCGCUCGCCAAAGACAUCUCAGAAAUGUCCUUGAAAGAUGCCGGCAGUCCCCUUGGAGACGGCGGCGGUGAUGAGGAAGAUGAGGAUGAAGAGAGUGACAGCGAUAACGAUGACGAUUUGUUUGUGAAUACGAAUCGUCCUACAGUGACUUAUUUUUACUCUGAUAGCGAAGAAGAGGAAGAGGAAGAUAACGAGGAAAGAUAAAUAUUUUGGUAUUCCA